UUCAGCCACGGUGGAUCCCAAGAGAAACCGUCGGUUACCUUUCACAGUUUCCUUUUCCUACUGCUACUGCUAGUGUUAUUAGAAGAUCUUUUCAUUGUUCAUUACUUCAUCGCUUACAUUCAAUUCCUUUCCUGAAAAUGACUUAGAAGAGACGGAGGGACAGAGGGUGAACACCCAAAUCCAGCCCAGCCGACCAUGGCACUCCCGUGAGAAGGACAAAAGGAGCAAAAAAGGGAUUCCUCUUAUCCUACGCACCUCACACGUUUCUUGUCGUACACUUGCUCCCAACUCAUUGGUCUAUAGCCUGAGUUCUAACGUCUAUUUCCUAUUGUUCUUGUUAGCCAACGGCUUCUUCCUUGUUAUUUCUAGUUUGUUUUUGAGCGAUGACCGUUUAAGAAACGUCAUAGCCCUCUCACUCAUCUCUGCAGCAACACAAUCUCCCAAUGUGGUAUGAGGCAGAUUUAUUCUGACUCAUUAGGAUCUUGAUCUGCUUGGAUUUGGGCUACUCAUCAUCAAAACAGAAAUCCCAUUUGUACUGUUGGGUUGCAUUGCUGAGUUUAAUUCUUUAAACAGAUCUGGGUGUCUGUAAAGAUAUUUUAUUCUCAAUUUGUUGCAGAGAAGGGGAUCUUCUUCUUCUUCUUUAAAAAGGAAUACAUAAAAGCCUGUCAUGUGGCUGUAGAUAUGUAAAGAACCACCCAAUGUGGUCUAAAUUGGAUGGGGUGGAUGGAUGUUUAUGAAGCAAAGCAGGGACUACGGAAGGGUGAAACAGAGGAAACUACAAGACCGCCGCUGGUUCCAUCCGAGAAGAACUAUGCAGUCACUCGAAGGCCUAAAACGAAGGAAGUUACAUCAAGGUACAAGGCAGGAAUCACAUCUUCUCUGUCCACAGUUGUUACCCCCAGAAGGUGCCCUUCACCCAGUGGCACGCGUCCUUCUGCUACAUCUCCUUUAUUAUCUAAGCGAUCCCAAUCGGCGGAGAGGAGGAGACCCGCUACACCACCAUCGCCAUCUAAACCUUCCACUCCAAUCCAAGAGUCCUCUGCAGAGAUGCAAGUAUCUUCCAGAAGGGUAAUGACUGUUCGAACGCCGGAGGGCUUGUGGCCCUCUACAAUGCGGAGCCUGUCUGUCUCUUUCCAGUCGGACGCAUUCUCUCUUCCUAUCACUAAGAGAGAAAAAACAGUCACCCACAUUUCUUCCGACCAUACAUUGAAGUCUUCAGCCAAUGUAGCACAUAAGCAGGCUGAAACACCUGCUGUUCGGAAGGCAACGCCUGAGAGGAAAAGGACUCCUCUUAGAGGGAGGAACACCUCGGAUCAGUCAGAGAAUUCGAAGCCUGUGGAUAAAUCACCAGCCAGAGCGGUAGAUCAGCAACGAUGGCCCGGUAGAACAGGUGGGAUGGUGUCUUCUGGUGCUUCAACCAAAAGCAUGGAUCAUACAAACAAGAGCAGCAAAGCUUCUUCAUUACCCUUUCCAGGACGAGGGGUUUCUCCACUGAGGAGAACACCCAUAUCUGAUGGUUUGAGUAGACCAGUAGAAAAUUCUAUUAUUAGUGAUACCCCUAAGCGAGUAGCAUAUGAUGGGAGUGGAAGAGUGCAGUUUGAGAUGCGUUCUGUCAUUUCUUCAAGUUCAGCAGAAAGAGCUUCGUCACUUGCUCGUUCCAUUAGAACCCAGUCAUUGCCUAUUCCUGGUUCGCCUCGUCUUCCGUCACCAAUAAGGGCCUCAGUACCAUCAUCUACCCCGUCUAGAGCACUGCUCAGUCCAUCCAGGACGAGGCCAUCAAAUCCUUGUCCUUCUGUUGGGUCGUUGACAAGAGGAUCUAGCAAUUCAUCCUCUGUUCUCGGCUUUAUUGCUGAUGUCAGAAAAGGAAAGAAAGCAACAAACCAUAUAGAGGAUGCUCAUCAGCUGCGGCUUCUGUACAAUAGGUAUUUGCAGUGGCGCUUUGCCAAUGCCCGAGCAGAUGCAGCAUUGUCUAUUCAGAAAAUUACAGCAGAGAAAACUCUUUUUAAUGUGUGGAGAACUACUUCAGAAUUUUGGGAUUCUGUCACAAUGAAAAGGAUCAACCUUCAACAGUUGGGGCAAGAGCUGAAGCUUAGCUCUAUUCUGAAUGAACAAAUGUCCUACCUUGAAGAUUGGGCUGUACUCGAACGAGAUCAUCUUAGUUCUUUAGCUGGGGCUGUUGAAUCUUUAGAGGCUUGCACUCUCCGAAUUCCUGUUUCUGGAGGUGCAAGGGCUGAUGUCAUCACCAUAAAGGAUGCUUUUUGUUCAGCCCUUGAUGUUAUGAAGGCAAUGGGUUCCUCCAUAUAUUCUUUGUUAUCGAGUGUGGAGGGGAUGAACCAUCUGGUUUGUGAACUUGCUAGCAUAGCAGCUCAGGAAAAAACUGUGCUUGACCAGUGCGGAGAUCUUUUGACUUCAACAGCAGCAAUGCAGAUGGAGGAAAACAGCCUCAGGAUCCAUCUCAUACAACUGCAACAAGCUUUUGCAUAAAGGGGAGCAGCCACUCUUAGCAAUUAGAACACUUGGGUGACCUCUCCAAUAUGGCUAACAACUUACUGCUUUUCACUAUGAUUGUCAAAGAUAGCGGCAUGCCUGCUAUCCCUUAGUGAUUGUAAAUUGCUCUUUUUUUUGGUGGAAUUUUUUUUACUUUUAUUCCAUUAUAUAUUUUUUUUCUUUAUUAACUAGGGGCUUUGCUCUCUUCUUUCACCAUGUAAUAUUUGUAUUACUCAAGUGGAAAAAAAAUGCAAAAGGAAGUGGAGGUUGGAAAAUCAA